CUGGGGCUCAUGGGGUGGGGCUUCGCCCCCACACGCGAUUGGGGAUCGUGGGCACCGGGCGGGGUCGGGGCCUCCUCCGGGAGCCCCGCGGGCCGGCGGCGUCCGAGGCACAUGACUAGUUGAGACUGAGCGUGCAGCUCCUGCUAUCCCUCUGGCUGCCUCUUGGAGCCCACCCAGCCCAGCCUGACCAAUGUCCACAGCCAGGGAGCAGCCCAUCUUCAGCACACGGGCGCACGUGUUCCAGAUUGACCCGGCCACCAAGCGGAACUGGAUCCCCGCGGGCAAGCACGCACUCACUGUCUCCUACUUCUAUGAUGCCACCCGCAAUGUCUACCGAAUCAUCAGCAUUGGGGGUGCCAAGGCCAUCAUCAACAGCACUGUCACCCCCAACAUGACCUUUACCAAAACCUCCCAGAAGUUCGGGCAGUGGGCAGACAGCCGCGCCAACACUGUCUAUGGCCUUGGCUUUGCUUCUGAGCAGCAUCUGACCCAGUUUGCUGAGAAGUUCCAGGAAGUAAAGGAAGCAGCAAGGCUGGCGAGGGAGAAAUCUCAGGAUGGGGGGGAGCUCACCAGUCCAGCCCUGGGGCUCACUGCUCACCAGGUGCCCCCAAGUCCCCUCGUCAGCGCCAACGGCCCCGGCGACGAGAAACUGUUCCGUAGCCAGAGUGCGGACGUCCCCGGCCCAGCCGAGCGCGAGCGGCUCAAGAAGAUGCUGUCCGAGGGCUCGGUGGGCGAGGUGCAGUGGGAGGCCGAGUUCUUCGCGCUGCAGGACAGCAACAACAAGUUGGCGGGCGCCCUGCGAGAAGCCAACGCCGCCGCCGCCCAGUGGAGGCAGCAGCUGGAGGCCCAGCGGGCCGAGGCCGAGAGGCUGAGGCAGCGGGUAGCUGAGCUGGAGGCCCAGGCAGCCGCCGAGCCCCCCUCAGUCAGUGAGAAGGAAGGGCCAGGCCAGUCGCUGGAGCAGCUGGAGGCAUUGGUGCAAACCAAAGACCAGGAGAUCCAGACGCUGAAGAGCCAGACCGGUGGCCCCCGUGAGGCCGUGGACACCACCGAGCGUGAGGAGACGCAGCAGAAAGUGCAGGAUCUGGAGACCCGCAAUGCCGAGCUGGAGCACCAGUUGCGGGCAACAGAGCGCAGCCUGGAGGAGGCGCGGGCUGAGCGGGAACGGGCGCGGGCUGAGGUGGGCCGGGCUGCACAGCUGCUGGACGUCAGGCUGUUUGAGCUGAGCGAGCUGCGAGAGGGCCUCGCCCGCCUGGCAGAGGGCACGCCCUGAACCUGGCUGCAGGGUCUGCGUGGGAGCUGGGGCCCGCGGGAGCUGGUUUUAGACGCAUGAUUCCCGCCUGGGGCACGAGCCAGGCCGCGGGCGGCACAAUGGGCUGUUCACCCUGGCAGGGACUGGGGACCCAACUCGACCUGGGGAGAGCCUGGCCACAGUGCCCCAGCUGGCCCUGGCCGCUCACAGCUCAGGGGCUGUUUCGGGGCUUUUCAUUGUGUAGAAUUUCUAGAAUCCCCAGGGCGCGUGCUGGUGCCCAGAUUACAUUUCUAAGAGUG